GUUCCUUUUGUUCUGGAAAACAUACUAUUGCUGAAUGGCUUGUUUCUGUGCACGGUUUUACUCCUUUAACUCUUCGAGAUAAUGACAGCUAUCGACUCGACGCGCUACAUUUUGAAACGCCAGACGAUCUUCUAGACUGCCAAGAUUUAGGUCAUCAGCCACCAACUUUAGAAGGAUUUAUAACCGAGAAUGAUAAAAGAUUAUUUAAAAUAGUUGCACCAACCAAUGAAUUUGUACAAAAUGAUCAAGAUCAUACACUAAAUUCGGAUGACUUUUCAACCUCAUCAAUUUAUAACCUAAUGACUAUGGCCGAUCUCACGAUCGUGAAUUCUUUUUUAUCAUUACAAUUACUCUAUGCGCAUCUCCACAGUCUUAAUAUCACCAAUACCGAGAGAUUGCGACCUUCGUGGGACACAUAUUUCAUGCACUUAUCAGAUCUGGCAGCAUUAAGAUCCAAUUGUAUGAAACGUAGGGUUGGUUGUAUAUUAGUUAAAGACUUUAGAGUAAUCGCGACUGGAUAUAAUGGUACGGCAAGAGGCUUAAAGAAUUGUAAUCAAGGCGGUUGCGAACGUUGCAAUGACGCAGUCCCAUGUGGAAAAGAAUUGGAUACUUGUUUAUGCCUACACGCAGAAGAGAAUGCGUUAUUAGAAGCUGGGAGGGAAAGAGUUGGACAAGGGUGCUCGGUAAAAUUAAUUCAAUCAGGAGUCACUGAAGUUGUCUAUAACAAAACAUAUGGUAUGGAUGAUUUGACCUAUCAAAUUCUUAAAGAAGCUGGUAUAAAACUAAGACAACAUUCGCCACCAACGAGGAGAUUAGUAUUGCAAAAAAAUGAUUAUAUGAGUAACAUCGCGAACAUUAGUGACAUUAUGAUGUAA